AUGAACGCUUUUGGACACCAAGCAUCUAACCAGCAGACCAGCCCCAUUCAGCACCACAGCGCUCAGGAGAUCCUGGACAUGGCCGUGUACUGCGACAACUACGGGGUGUACCAGCAGAACCUCCACCACCACCACCCGCAGAGGCCGCCGACGCACCCCACCAGCUACGGCCUCGGAGAGUACACGUCCCCGUCCACGAACCCGUACCUAUGGCUGAACGGACCCAGCAUCAACUCCAACCCUUACCUCCCCGGGAACAACUCCACGUCCUACAUUCAGUCUGGAUACGGGUCGACCCAGAGGCAGUUCUUACCUCCUCCCACCGGGUUUGGUGGGGCAGAUCUUGGCUGGCUGUCCAUAUCCAGCCAGCAGGAGCUCUUCAAGAUGGUCAGACCUCCUUACUCCUACUCAGCACUGAUAGCGAUGGCCAUACAGCACGCACAGGACAAAAAGUUGACUCUCUCUCAGAUCUAUCAGUAUGUGGCCGAGAACUUCCCGUUCUACAAGAAGAGCAAAGCUGGAUGGCAGAACUCAAUCCGCCACAACCUGUCACUGAAUGACUGUUUCAAAAAAGUGGCACGGGACGAGGAUGACCCGGGUAAGGGCAACUACUGGACGCUGGACCCAAACUGCGAGAAGAUGUUCGACAACGGGAACUUCAGGAGGAAGAGGAAGAGGAGAGCUGACAUCACCGGGGCUGACCCCUCCUCUCUGCCCGUCAAGUCGGAGGACGGCCCGCACAAGCUCUCCGACACCGCCAGCCUCCUGAGCUCCUCCCCGCCCAGCCUGCACGGAUCUCCGGCCUCCACGGAGCCCAAGUCGUCCCCGUCUCCCUCCGCGGAGCACAGCCCGUGUUACAGCAAUUUCGUGUCCAGUGUGAACUCGCUGCUGGCGGGCAGCAGUGGCGGUGGUAGCGGCACGGAGGGCUCCUCCCGGGGCCCAGAGCGGGACUACGGCUCCGGGCACCUCGGGGGACUGUCUCAGGCCAGAGAGGGCAUGUCCGGACUGGGCUCCUACUCUCCCUCUUUAAUGGCUCCUCUGAACUCUGACAACAACAGAAUGAACUAUUACACAUCAGUACAGAGCCUCUCCAACCACUUUAGUGUUAAUAACCUCAUAUACAGCCGGGAAGGGACAGAGGUGUAGACUGUCUUUAUCUCUGUCAGUGCUGGGCUGCUUAGUUAUUUAUCA